AUGGCGACAGGGAGGCCUGGGACGACCGUCGGGCAGGACCUCAGCCCUGGCUCGGCUGACCCACCGCGGCCCGGCAGGGGAAGAACAGGGUCAAACUGGGUCCCGGGCCCAGAGGACGCCAAGAGAAGGCCAGGAGAUGGGACUCAGCGUUCCAGGGAAGCUGACGGGGCUUCAGGGAGGAAACAGAGGCUGCAACGGCCUCAGCCAUGGCCCUCCGUGAGCGCUGCCGAAGGACGCGGGGCACCUGUGCCGCCCUGGGGGCGAGGUGGCCCAGGUGGAGACUUCCGAUCGCCUCCGGGCCAGGCGGACCCCGGCUGCAUCGAGACAGAGCGGCCAGACAACGGCCGGACCCCUGCGCCCCCCUGGUGGCAGGACCUCUGUGCACUCAGUUCCUCUUCUCUCAGCUCACAGAGCAGAAGGUCAGAAGCCAGAGGGAACGUUAGGUGUGCCACCAUGGAGCCUACUCACACACCUGUUGAGAUAGAGGUUUCAGACCCGCAAGGGAGUAAAGGGGAAAGUCCACCAGAGAAGGUGACAAAUGUGCCCUGUUUAGAGAAGAGCUCCAGCACCAUCCCGACAAGAGACCCACUUGUGCGCCAUGCUAAGGGUCUGGGCCAGGACACUUUCAAAAUUUGUAAAGAAUACCUAAGGCCGCUGAAGAAGUUCCUGCGAAAGUUGCACUUGCCCAAGGAUGUGCCUCAGAAGAAGAAGCUGAAGUACAUGAAGGAGAGCCUGGUGGUCCUAGGGGACCACAUCAACACCUUUCUGCAGCAUUACUGCCGAGCGUGGGAAAUCAAACACUGGAAGAAGAUGCUCUGGCGGUUUGUCUCCCUCUUCUCGGAACUAGAAGCGAAGCAGCUUCGCAGGCUCUACAAGUACACCAAGAGCAACCAGAACGCCAAGUUUCUGGUGGCAUUCUCGCCCUCAGAUGUACCUGAGAGGUCCCUGCUAGCUGACCGGGAGGACAGUCUGCCCAAGCUCUGCGAUGCCUGGGGGCUGCACAGUGACAUCAGCGGCAUGAAGGAGAGGCUGUCCAAGAUGCAGACCCCGGGUCAAGAGGCCUCCCUGCUGGAGGAGCCCCAGUCCCAGGCCCAUGUCAAGAAAGAUUCUUCAAGAAAACAUCCUCAAAAGGCAAAACUCAAGAGAAAGAGGAUUAAGGAGGCCCCAGAUACUCCUGAAACCAGCCCGUAAGACGACCCCCUGGCACAGAGGGCCGGCCCCCCCUGGCUCUCGGAGCCCUCACGUGUCUGCGGUACUUCUGCAGUGGAGGGGACCAGAAAAGGGAAAGAAGAAAAUUUUCCUUAGCAAAAAGAUGCAUAAGUCUUAAUUGUGAAUAAAUGGGAUGGGAA